AUGCUCUAUGAAUUGAUUGCAAUAGCCAGAAUAUCGGAUCCGCUUGCCGUUCAUUCCGAGGCAAAAGAAUUGGCAUCUACUAUAGGUAAAUUGGUUAUCAAAAACAAUGGUGUUGUGCGUGAAAUAGUGUCUUUAGGUGCAAAGCCUCUUCCGAAACUCAUGAAAAAAGCUAACGAAAGGCAUUUCCAGGGUUCGCACUUUCUUAUGCUGUUUGAUUCCUCUAGUGCUGUGCAGAGAGAAAUUCUAAGAUCAUUAAAGAACGAUCCGAGGGUGAUACGGUCUAAUCUUAUAAGAGUUGAUAACUCUAAGACCUUGAAUCCUGGAUCUAGCGUUAGCAGAAUGCUAUCUUCUUUAAAUGAUAUACACUAUGAUGAAAUAUGA